GUCAUGGAGUGUGAAAAAAAAUAUUGCAGUUGCAGUACUAGCGGUCGAACUUCGCGAACAACCCAGCCUUUUUUUUGAUUCCCACUGGUUACCGUAUCACUGGAAAGGUGGCAAGAUGGCUGCGGAGCCGACCAAGACUGACAUUUUGACUAUUUUUAAAAGACUACGGUCUAUUCCUACUAACAAGGCAUGCUUUGACUGUGCUGCCAAGAACCCCAGCUGGGCCAGUAUACCAUACGGGGUGUUUCUGUGCAUUGACUGCUCUGGCAUCCACCGUUCCCUAGGAGUCCACCUCAGCUUUAUCAGAUCCACUGAGCUUGACUCCAACUGGAACUGGUUUCAGCUGAGAUGUAUGCAGGUUGGAGGCAAUGCCCACGCGACCGCCUUCUUCCGACAGCAUGGCUGCUCAACUAAUGACACCACCGCCAAGUACAACAGCCGCGCUGCACAGAUGUACCGAGAGAAGAUCCGACAGCAAGCCAACACAGCGCUAUCUAAAUACGGGUCGGAUCUCUGGAUUGACUCAUCGAGUGGGAGCAGCCAACAUGCAGCCCCGGAGAAGAAAGAGUCUGACUUCUUUGCAGAGCAUACUCAGCCUUCAAACACCUGGGACGUGACUUCCCCUUCCCUGACAGAGCAGAACGGAGCCCUCACCCCCCAACCAUCAGAGGAGACGCCCAAAAACCCCGACAUCGCCAGUACUCAGCUGGAGGAUGGGCCGAGCAUCGAGGGACUUAGCGGUGAGCCGUCUCCCAGGGUGACUAUGGAGGACUCGAUGCGUUUGUCGUCUGAUCUACCACAGCAAUCCAAAGAUGUGAAGCAGUCCAUCAUUGGGAAGAAGAAGCCCACCACAGCUAAGAAAGGGCUGGGCACAAAGAAGGGACUAGGGGCCCAGAAGGUGAGCAGCAAGAGCUUCACGGAGGUGGAGAGGCAGGCCCAGGUGGCUGAGAAGCUGAAGGAGGAGCAGGUGGCUGAGGCAAAGAAACAGGCGGAGGAGUCCAUUGUGGCCUCCAUGCGCCUGGCCUAUAAGGAGUUGGAGAUCGACAGGAAGAUGGAGGACAAGAAGAUUCAGAACAUGGAAGGAAAGAAGAGGGAGCAGGCUGAGAGGCUGGGAAUGGGCUUUGGCAACCGCAGCACCAUAUCCCACUCCGUGAUGUCAGAGAUGCAGGUCAUUGAGCAGGAAACACCCCUGGGAGCAAAGUCUUCGCCUCGCUCCAAACUGGACAUGUUUGAUGAGCCGGGAUUCACCUCCGGACCGCCUAAGUACAAGGACAACCCAUUCACAGCCGGGGACGCCUUCAGCUCGCGGUGGGACUCCGAUGGGGGCACGGCUUCCUUCACUUCCUCCUGGGCCCUGGAGAAGGAGGAGCCCAGAGAGGAGGUGACCACCUCUAGCAUCCAACCUAUUGGCGAGCGGCCCAGUCGGCGGAAGGCCGAGGUGACACCCGUGGCUGAGUCGAGCGAGGCCCGACAGAAGUUUGCCAAUGCCAAGGCCAUCUCCUCAGACAUGUUCUUCGGCCGGGAGAGCAACGCCGAGUAUGAGGCCAAGACGCGUCUGGAGGGCAUGUCAGGCAGCACGUCCAUCAGCUCUGCUGACCUGUUCGGAGACGCCAGUGACCAAAACACAGGGGCAGGUUAUGACAGUGUUCUGCCAACGGGGCCAGACAUCGCUCAGUUCAAACAGGGGGUGAAGACUGUGGCAGGCAAGAUGGCCGUGCUGGCCAACGGCGUCAUGAACACCAUACAGGAUCGCUAUGGGGCCUACUGACGACACCGGAUGGACGUCUCCCACUUUUCAGAGGGAUUGAUGAUGUCAUAGUGGUGGGGAGGAGAGGGGCGUGGUCAGUCAGUCUUUCUGCUCUGACUGAUCUCUGCUGUGAUUGGAGAAAGGAGGAGAUUGCCUGAAUGGAGGGGGAUCCUACACCCCCCCCCCCCCCCCCAUGUCUGUUCAUGCUCUUUUUAGAGACCAUUUAUAAGAGUGAGACAGUAUUUUCUUUUCUUUUAGUAGACAUUUGUGAUUUAUUUUUGGCAAAGCAAGCAUUGGAAGGUGUAGAAAGUCUUUUUUGACAAAGAAAAAUAUCCAGUGCUUUUUUUCAACUAACGAAUAUUACUUUCUGUACUCUUUCGGUCUCUGAUUUCAAAAGAUAUAUAUAUAUAUUGACUUAAAGUAUCCUCUAAGGACUGUAUGAUAACCAAAUCUCUAAGUUGUGCUAUACUUAUAUAAAUUGUUUUUACGGUUUUCAACUAUUUCUCACAAUUUUAACAGACGGAGCCAUGUAUGUUAAACAAUUCAGCAUUCACCUCAUCAGGAAAGAGAAGCAUUAGUCCCAUUCUGUUGAUUAUUUGUUUUCAUUUUGGCAAAGGUAACUGUGGAUUAAAUUCUCUUUAGUGUUGAAUUCAUUACACAAAGGUUCAUUAUCUAUGAAAUUGUCAGAAUGGGUUAACUCCACACAGCACGAAUGAAAGGCCAACACCUUACAUCUGACUGUCGCAGCCUCCAUCAGUCAGGUGAUGGAAACUGGGUGUAUUUUCUAUUUUUUUGUUGAAACAACAGCCAGUCAAACUUGCAGUGCGAUAUGAGUCGUGUUGGACAAAUGGUUAGCUUUUCACCUUUUACUACUUAGAGUUUGUGUUUUUAUUUUGAAAUAAUGUUUUUUUUUUGUUGUUCAUCCAAACAUGUCCAGUCACAGAGUUUACAGAAUCAGACCGCUCAAACUUUGAAAGCCAUUUUGACCAAUCCUGAGAAACAUGCUUAGAAAUAUUGAAUUAUAACCUGGGUCUGAAUUUACUUCACAUUUGUAGUUAUCCCUUAACAUAAGAUACUUAAGCAUAGGAAGAAAAUAAUGUUUCUGUAUAACCCUGUAUACUGUGGUUUCUUAAACUAGGGGGCGGGACCGGUAGUGGGCCCUGAACAUGAGGUGAGUCACAUAAAAAUAACUAAUAUCACUUUAAUAUGGGUUCCUAAAUUGAGAUUUGUAUGCUAUUAUAAAUAGACUGCGCUCUUAUUUUGGACCGUCUCUUCAAACAAUUCCCAACAGAUAGAACGCACAGACACUUGUCGGGUCGUUCUAAAACCUGUGGCUGGACAGAGCUUAGCUGUUGCUUAACCUCUUGACCUGGCGUCCUAGUGUCUGGUGCUCAACCUAUCAAAAGGAAAGAAUGGGUAGGAAGAGUCUGUCACCGUUGUAUAUUCAGUUGUUGAUAUAUUCAGUUGUUUCAUUAAGAAAUAAUGCCCGAGAAGGGGGUGUUAUCUGGCUGAGCUGUUUUUAGGCACUACUCAUCGGAGUGCCUGGACACAGCACUUAAACCCCCAAGAUGCUUCAAUACUGUUAUCAACUAGUUACAAACAUGAUUAGAGCAGCAAAUUAAUGUCAUAACCGUGGUAUGUGUGUGUGUGUGUAUAUAUAUCUCUCUCUAUAUCAUGGCGAUUGGCCAAUCAGGAUUCGGUCCACCUAACUUAAUGUUAGGAAUAUCAAAGGUCAAAAUUGAAUAUGCUGAAUGGUGUAGUAUAUCAUAUUACAGAGCCAAUGCCAAAUUCCUGUUCUAUAAAAUAAACUUCUAUCUGCCAUCUGGUUAUGUACAGCAUGUGUGGUGUGACAGCCUCAGAGGUGGAACUGCUACCAGUGGUGACACUGCGUCUCAGUAGAUGGCUGCACUUCAGUCCUGCGACUUCAGAAGAACAACACUGAGUUCCACCAAGCACCGUAGCACCUGGUGUGCUUGGUUCAAAGUAAUUUAACAAGCUUGUCUGUUUAUUAUGGGGGUUUGCCUCAUUACAGUUUUUCUGAGUUUUAUUGGUGCUAGCUGAUCAUUCCAAAUCUGAGGCUGUUUCCCAGACUGCAUCUUGGUUUAGCACAAGUUAAAUCUGGUUGAUUGGUGACAGGAAAGGCAUGUUCAGCGUUUGUGGAAAGCUCAAGACAGACUGCCGCUCAACCCACCCCUGACCACUCACAAGUAUAUAUAUUUUCUACAUUAUUUUUAUGAUUGUGGCAUGACCAUGAUGAUGGGUUUGUUUGAACAUUUUCACCCAUGUCCUGAUGUGGCCCUGCCUGUCCAUAUAUGUCCCAUUAGUGAUGAAUAAACCCCUAAAAAAUGACUGUCCAACGGCCCCAUGGAAACAUAAUACAGUUAAUGUAUUGUAGGCAACAAAAAGAGACAUAUUAGAUUUGUGUCAAUAAAGACUGAAAUCCUU